AUGGCACAGAUUCAGAUGCAGCCUCAGGUGCAGGUGGUGAAUGUGGCUUCGUCCGGCGGUGCGCCGUCUGUGACUUCUCUGUACGUCGGCGACCUCGACGCGAAUGUAUCUGAUUCCCAACUCUACGAUCUGUUUAGCCAGAUGGGAGAUGUGGUCUCCGUUAGGGUUUGCAGGGAUUUGACUACUCGGGGAUCUCUUGGAUAUGGCUAUGUCAACUUCGGCAACCCUCAGGACGCCGAGAGAGCCUUGAUGGAACUGAACUUCACUCCUCUCAAUGGGAAACCCAUCAGGGUAAUGUAUUCUCAUCGGGAUCCUAGUGUACGAAGAAGUGGUGCUGGAAAUAUAUAUAUUAAGAAUUUGGACAAGGAUAUUGACCACAAGGCUUUGCAUGAUACAUUUUCUGCCUUCGGCAAUAUUUUGUCAUGCAAAGUAGCAACAGAUGCUUCUGGUCAGUCCAUGGGAUAUGGAUUUGUGCAAUAUGCUAGUGACGAAUCUGCCCAGAAAGCUAUUGAGAAGCUCAACGGCAUGCUCCUUAAUGGAAAGCAAGUCUACGUGGGACCCUUCCUCCGCAAGCAAGAAAGAGAGAUGUCGAAAGACAAGACUAAAUUCACUAAUGUGUUCGUGAAAAAUUUGUCUGAAUCAACUACUGAAGAGGAUCUCCAGAAGAUAUUUGGUGAAUUUGGAACCAUUACCAGUACAGUGGUGAUGAAAGAUGAAGAUGGAACAUCAAAAUGCUUUGGAUUUGUCAACUUUGAAAAUCCAGACGAAGCUGCUAGAGCAGUUGACUCUCUCAAUGGUGCAACAAUUGAGGACCGGGAGUGGUUUGUCGGCAGAGCUCAAAAGAAAUCUGAGAGGGAGAUGGAACUGAAAAACCGGUUUGAGCAGAGUGUCAAGGAAGCAGUUGACAAAUCUCAGGGGUCAAACCUGUAUGUCAAAAAUCUGGAUGAUAGCAUUGGUGAUGAUAAGCUUAAGGAAUUAUUCUCUCCAUUUGGUUCAAUAACUUCAUGCAAGGUGAUGCGAGAUCCAAAAGGAAUUAGCAGAGGAUCAGGCUUUGUUGCAUUCUCAUCACCUGAAGAGGCUUCAAGAGCUCUUUCUGAGAUGAAUGGAAGGAUGCUUGCUAACAAGCCUCUGUACGUUGCUCUUGCUCAAAGGAAAGAAGAUAGAAGGGCCCGGCUACAGGCACAAUUUGCUCAAUUGAGGCCGAUGACAAUGGCGCCUACUGUUGCUCCUCGUAUGCCAAUGUAUGCUCCUGGUGGUCCUGGGCUAGGGCAACAGAUCUUCUACGGGCAACCUCCACCUGCCAUCAUUCCUCCUCAACAUGGAUUUGGCUAUCAACAGCAGCUUGUACCUGGUAUGAGGCCUGGUGGGCCUCUCAUGCCAAAUAUGUUUGUGCCUAUGGUCCAGCAAGGGCAGCAAGGACCACGUCCUGGUGGAAGGAGAGGCAAUGCUGUUUCAAUGCAACAGGGCCCACUUCCUGUAAUGCAACAACAGAUGAUUCCAAGGGCACGUGGUAAACCAUACCCUCCUGGACGUGGUAUGCCUGAUGUCUCCUUGCAAGGAGUGCCUGGGGGUAUGCUCUCCGUCCCGUAUGUUGGCGGCCUUCCUAUUCAUGAUGCAGGAAUUUCUCAGCCGAUUCCUAUUGGAGCUUUGGCAUCUGCCCUUGCUAAUGCUUCUCCUAAUGAACAGAGGACGAUGUUGGGUGAAAAUUUGUACCCACUCGUGGAACAAUUGGAGCCCGAGAUGGCAGCUAAGGUUACUGGCAUGCUUCUUGAAAUGGACCAGACGGAAGUGCUGCACUUGCUCGAGUCACCCGAAGCUCUCAAAGCUAAGGUUGCUGAGGCAAUGGAUGUCCUCAGGAACGUAUCUCAGCAACAGACUGGCACGCCAGUCGAGCAGUUGGGUGCAUUAUCCUUGAAUCAAUGA